AUGACGCGCUACCGAGCUCUCCUCCUGCUCGUCUUCCUGCUCCUCCUCUCCUCUGCACAUCCCCCAUGGGCCGCCGGCGCAGAGGAGACCCCCUUCCGGGUGGGCGUGAUUUUGGACACGGAGACCCUGAUCGGGAACGUCAGCAGGACCUGCAUCGCCAUGGCCGUCGAGGAUUUCUACGCCGCCCAUCCUGGCUAUAAGACGAGGGUUGACCUUCACUUCAGAAACUCCGGCGGCGAAGCCGUGGGAGCGGCAUCCGCAGGUUCGGUCUUCUCCUCCGCUUUCACGCCCCCAACCCCCUCGACGUAUUGCCCAAGAAACCAAGACUCUUCUUGCCCAGAUGUACCAACGUCUGAGAGUUUUUUUCUGACAGAAUCUGUCCAUCUUUUAGGUUUUCAUGAUCCCAUCUUUCCAUUGAUGCAGCGCUGGAUCUGCUGAACCAGGUAGAGGUCCAGGCAAUAUUGGGGCCGCAGAGAUCUAUCCAGGCCAAAUUCGUGAUAGAGCUGGGGAGGAGGACCCAGGUGCCCAUCGUCGCCUUCUCUGCGAAGAGCCCCUCUCUCUCCCCCACCUUGUCCCCAUACUUCAUCAGGGCGGCCAUGGACGACUCCUCCCAAGCGAAGGCCAUCGCCGCCAUCGUCAACAACUUCCACUGGAGGGAGGUCGUCCCCAUCUUCGAAGACAGCGAGUACGGCAACGGGAUGACCCGCUCCCUCGUCGAGGAGCUCCAAGAGAAAGGCGCCGCCGUGCCCUACCGGAGCAUGAUCCCCCUCGCCGCCACUCCCGACCAGAUCUCCUCGGAGCUCCUCAGGUUGAAGGGGAUGCGAACCAGGGUCUUCGUCCUCCACGCCUCCUACGCUCUGGGAGUCACCGUCUUCACGCAAGCCAAGGAAGUAGGAAUGAUGGGGAGAGACUACGUGUGGUUGACCACCUACAGCCUCACGGCCGCCUCCGACAUCGUCGGCGCCACCGCCGUCGACGUGAUGCAGGGGGUCGUCGGCGUGAAGCCCUACUUGCGGCAGACGCCUAAGCUGACGAACUUCAAGCGGAGGUGGGCAAGGAGAUUCAAGGAGGAGAAUCCGGGCACGGCGUUGACCGAGCCGCUGGUGUUCGGCCUUUGGGCGUACGACGCGGUUUGGGCCCUGGCCAUGGCAGCGGAGAAGAUCGGGCCGGCCGAUCUCGCCCGAUCCCGCAGGAACAGCUCAUCCGAGGACUUUGGAGGGCUCAGGCAGUCUCCGAUAGGGUCCAAGCUGCUCCACUCGAUCAUGAACGUUGACUUUGAGGGGUUGACGGGGAGGUUCCGUCUGGUCGAGGGCCAGCUGGAUUCGUCGACCUCGGAAAUAGUCAACUUGCUUAGAGAAGGGCCGACGAGGGUCGGAUUCUGGACGGCGGCGAAAGGAGUCACGAGGCAUCUGACCAACGGGACCGGCCUCCGGCGGAUCAUCUGGCCGGGGGAUCAGAGGGAGACCCCGAAAGGUUGGGAGUGGCCGAUGCAAGGGAAGUCGUUGACCAUCGGCGUCCCCGUGAGGCCGGGAUUCGGGCAUUUCGUCGACGUGAGGAGGGAUCCUGAGACGGGCCGUUACCAUUUCGACGGCUUCUGCAUAAAAGUCUUCAACGCCGUGAUGGAUUCUUUGCCCUAUAAAGUACCCUUUGACUACGUGGCUUUCGAUGACGGCACCGGAGACAACAACGGCACCUACGACGACCUCGUCUACAAGGUCUUCCUCCAGGUCAGUAGACGGUCGAGUGUUUGUGGCUCUCAGUGGACAACGGUCUGCUCGCUGAGGUUUGUGGCUCUCUUGAUGCGCAGGAAUUCGAUGCGGUCGUGGGGGACGUGACGAUCCUGGCCAACCGGUCCCGGUUCGUUGACUUUACGCUGCCGUUCACCGACUCGGGGGUGACCAUGGUGGUCCCCAUCACCGAUGGCCAGAGCAAGAGCGCGUGGGUCUUCAUCAAGCCGCUGAGCGGGGACCUUUGGCUGGCCAGCGGCUGCUUCGUGGUCUUCACCGGCCUCGUCGUCUGGUUCCUGGAGCAUCGGGUCAACGAGGAGUUCAGAGGAGUGCCCUCCAACCAAGUCGGCACAGUCUUCUACUUCGCCUUCUCCACCCUCGUCUUCGCCCACAGUUCUGCAUCCAACGCCAACUUUGACUUUGAACAAAUCUCGUGGCUUCCUUCAUUUCUCAACGUUGACUUUCGUGGAAAUUGCAGGGGAGAAGGUGGUGAGCAACUUCUCGAGGUUCGUGGUGAUCAUCUGGGUCUUCGUGGUGCUGAUCCUGACCUCGAGCUACACCGCCAGUUUGACCUCCAUGCUCACGGUGCAGCAGCUCCAGCCCACCGUCUCCGACCUAAGCGACCUUAUAAAGAGGAACGAACGCGUUGGGUACCUGAACGACUCCUUCAUGCCGGAGCUUCUGAAGCAGCUCAAGGUCAACAAUAACAGGAUCAUCGCCUACAGCUCGCCGGAUGAGUACGCCGCCGCCCUGGACAAGGGAACCGCCAACGGCGGCGCGGGGGCCAUCGUCGACGAGAUCCCCUACCUCAAGGUCUUCCUGUCCAAGUACUGCUGCGGCAAGUACGCCAUGGUGGGGCCGACCUACAAGACCAACGGAUUCGGCUUCGUAAGUCAACGAUGGAAUCCGACCCCACCAACCCUGGAAUGUGAGGUGGGUCUGACUUUACGGUUGUUGACUUUCAGGUGUUCCCGAAGGGCUCGCCGUUCCUUCCGGAUAUUUCGAGGGCCGUGCUGAAUGUGACCGAGGGGAAGAUGUUCGCGAUGCUCGAGGAGGAGUUAUAUGGCGUUGGGAUCCCCCUGGACAAGAGCUUCAACGUGGCGUCGAGCAGCCUCAAGUUGAGCAACUUCCGGGGGCUCUUCCUCAUCACCGGCACCGCCUCGGGGGGCGCCCUCCUCCUCUUUCUGGUCUUCUUCUUCUACAACAACCCGCAGGCGGAUUCUAUUCUCAGGUCGGAUAACUCCCCCCAGGGAAAGUUUCUCCUGCUCCUGAAACUCUUCGACGAGAAGGACGCCCGCAACGAGGAGGCCGAAACCAGGGGCGGGGAGGAGACAACGGACAUCAACGGCGGCGGCGGCGGGGGCAACGGCGCUGCGGAGAACCCUAAUCAUAUCUGCAGCCAGCUGCAGAGUCCUUCGAGCAUGUCCAAUCACACCUACGGAAAUGUCGACGAUGAUGACGACGGCGCGGGGACCCCGCCGGAGGGGAAUGAGACCCCCGGCAGGGAAAUCGGCGACAGAGAUACCGAAACCUUCUCGUUCUCUGGGCUGUCGACUCCCAGGGGUAAUGAACCCGCCUGA